AUGUCAGCUACAAGUGUGGGCUUUCAGACGACGCAGUAUUUCACAGUUGGAGCAAUGGCAGUGGCGAUUUUCGACUACUGCUUGACGAUUUCACAAGAGAUCCAGUUGAUUUGGGGAAGGAGGUGGGACGCCACUAGAGUUACUUUCACCCUCGCUCGUUAUGUCACCUUGGCCGGUGCUGCCAUGACCACGUACGCUGCGGUGGUUGACCGAUCCAAGUAUACAAGCUGUGCUACUUUCAACAAUGUCUCAUACGCUUCACAUUUGAUAAGCAUCAUCGCUGCAGAAGGCCUGCUUAUUUUUCGCACAUUUGCCUUUUGGCAUCAGAAUAAGAAAUUGCUGGCGUGGCUCCUCGUCCUCGCUGCGAUUUGCAUUGCAGGGUCUGUCGGGGUGACAAAAGUUGUGAACAUCCUCCAUCCCGCUCCUACAAUGAACACCACUGGCUGUGUGUUUGCAAGCGGAAAGAGCAGCGCUAUACAGUACUGUUUUUUGAUUCUUUAUGAGCUGGUGCUCAUGGUCCUUAUGAUACACAAGAUAUUAAACUUCUAUGAAGGCGCUCGAAGUCGCAUCAUCACCACCCUUUAUCGUGAUGGGAUGAUAUACAUGACCUGCAUCAUAAUGGCAUCCAUCAUGAACAUUUUUGUCGCCCUGGUCGUUCCUGUCGCGUACACUGACAUUAUGGAUGCACCACAACUCGUGAUACACGGAGUGCUGGCCUCCCGUAUCUUAUUCCAUCUGCGUCAAAGCCGUCGGUCUGAAUCUCCGAACAUUUUCCCCCUCGCGGACAUGUAUCGCACACCUGAUGCAGGUGAAACGACAACUGGUAGUUAUACUACUUUCGUCAGCGUGCACAAAGAUAUUAGUGCCGGAGAUUCGUGCUGAGACUACUAGUAUUCAGUCAGCGUAAAUAUGAAAGACACUUAUAUGGUCAAUCCGUAACUGGUCUGCCCACCGGACUCUUUUGAAUUGCGGUGUCCUUUGAUUCAUUCUUGUUUUCUUUCCUUCUUACAUUUGAACAGUACAUAAUUAUGAGCGUAGAUGGCCAAAUUUGUUAUCAAUACUACAUGUCAUCAUUCUAACACGCAAUCAGGCCACACGAAUCCCAC